AACAAGUGGGUAUAAGUCGGUAAAGCUACUCCCACCUUGUACACAUUUUCCACUUUGCCAAAUCAAUAUGAUGGACGUAAGCAGUAUGUACGGAAAUCAUCACCAUCAUACUAAUAAUUAUCACAGCAGUAGCACUGAAAUGGCUGCCGUUGCAGCUGCUACCGCUGCCGCUUCAAACGGUUACACGAAUACUUACUUUCCAGCUAACGCAGCUAUGCCAACUCACCCACACUCCCACCAAAAUCAGCACCAGCAUGGACAUCAUUUUGGAUAUACAAAUUAUGAUGGCGCAUCGCCUAAUUACUACCAGCAACAUCAACAUCAAUUAACCCCACCACCGACCACAGUGCAAAUAUCAACAACAACCGCUGUUAACAAUGUACAACAACAACAACAACAAUCAUUAUACUCGCAUCAUUCACACCUGUUUAGUCCGAGUGCAGCAGAAUAUGGCAUCACAACAUCCUCAUCUGCUAGUGGUGGUACAUCAAAUACUCCACUCCAUCCCACUAGUCAUUCACCAACAGAAUCGUACUAUGAAAGCGAUUCUGUCCAAUCUUAUUAUGCUACAGCGGCUGUGGCUACUGUGCCGCCAUCAACGAACUCCCCUGUAACAGCUGCAAAUGCAGCACAUAAUCCAACCGCUCCAGUUGAUCCGCCUAUAAUAAGUUCGGAAAAUGGACUAAGUUAUACUAAUUUAGAUUGUUUGUAUAAUCAAAGUCAAACAGUAGCGCAACAACAACAUGGUUACCCAGCAUUGCCAGUUAAUACUGGCACAAAUGUGGAGGAAAAAUAUGCUGCAGUACUGCACUCUGCAUAUGGUGGUGCUGGUUUGGUAAUUGAUGAUCCACUCAUGCAAAUGUCAGCUGGUCAACAACACUCACCAACACAAAUAUGGCAUCACCAACAUAUAAAUAAUCCUUAUCCGCCUACGAUUGAUGGUGGACUAACAAUGGAAUCCUUAACUAGCAUGCAUUCCCAUGUACAUCAUAACAUGCAUCCACAUAUGCAACAAGCGGCGCAGCAAUCUUUACAACAGCAACAGAGUCAACUCUCACACCACGGUUCCACAUCGAGCGGUACGUGCAAUAAUUCUCGCCACCAACAUGUCAUCUCACCAAAUAGUUCAAGUCAAGCUUCUUCGUCCUCAAUAUCUACUAACCAAAACAGUCCACAAACUAACAAGUCUCCAAAUCAUUCUAGUAAUUUGCCAACCUAUAAAUGGAUGCAAGUCAAACGAAAUAUACCAAAACCACAAGCACCGAAACUACCUGCCACAAUACAUGACUAUCAACUCAACGGACAACAGUUAGAGAUUUGCCGCAGCGGCAGCGUAUUGCCCGGUCACCACCAAACACAAAAUCCCCUGCUGCUAACAAACAGCAGCAACAAUCCAGGAUUAGGCCCAACAUUGGCCAGUUGCAACCUGAACGCAACCAACAAUUCGGGACGCACCAAUUUCACCAACAAGCAACUUACGGAGCUGGAGAAGGAAUUCCAUUUCAAUCGCUACUUGACACGCGCACGUCGCAUCGAAAUCGCAAAUACUUUACAACUAAACGAAACGCAGGUUAAAAUCUGGUUCCAAAACAGACGCAUGAAGCAGAAAAAACGUGUAAAAGAAGGACUUAUUCCGUCCGAUAUACUUACGCAACAUACAGUUUCCACAACUACAGCAACAUCCGCCACAUCUGCAACAUCUGUUAAUAAAACAACAACGCAAAGCAAUAACAACAACAACAGCAGCAACACAAACGCGAACGCAAACAAUAACACCGGAAGCACAGCAACAAUAGUCAACAACAACGGAACAAAUGCGAUGCAUAAUUCUGCUGUUAAUAACACUGCGCUAACAGAUUGCAAUUUAACAGCAGUACAUAGCGAUAACAGCGAAUCAAAUUAAUGUGCAUUUGAGAGGAAAAUGUUUACAAAAUUCAAUACAUACUGUAAACGUUUGCAGUUUACAGUUUGUUGCAGAUGUUGUUGUUAUUGUUGUUGCCAGUAAGGAAGAAACAACAACAACAACAACAACAGCAAUUUUUAUGCCAAAUGACAAAUAAUGUUAACAUUUAAAGCGUAAAGCGUAAAAGAGGCAGGCAGGGAGGCAGGCAUUUGCUCAUUUGGCUGUGAUAAAUUAAAUGUUAAAAAAUAAAAAUUAUUUAAUAUUUUUGCGUAAUUAAAAUGAUUUUUGA